UCUUCUGAAGCUUAAAUAAAAUUAGGGUGCAGAAGGCAUGAAAACUGAGAAAAGCAAGUCAGCAGAGAUGGAUCCUGGAAUCUGGAGCAAGUUACCACCGGAACUUCUGGAGCACAUACUCUCCUUUUUGCCUCUUAAAACGUUACUGACUUUGAGGUCAACUUGUAAGCGUUUCAAGUCUCUUGUGUUCUCUCCUCCUUUCAUUUCCAAACACUCAUCUGCUUCUCAUUUCACUUCGUUCUUGUUGCUUUCCCAUCCCCAGUGCUAUGGCCAUUUCCCUCUCUAUGACACCAUCCGUGGGGCUUGGCGCAAUUUAGCCCUCCCCUUCUCUUUCUUGCCACCUUGCGCUGCUCAGUUCAAUCUCCUUUCAUCAUGUAAUGGACUUGUCUGCUUCUCUCUCCCAAAUUCGUGUUGUUUCCUUGUUUGCAAUCUAUUGGCCAAAUCUUCCAGGGUUAUUCAAUUCCCUUUCUCCCCUUUUGCCUUUGAAAUGCUUACUCUGGUUUCCGCGCCGGAUGGAUAUAAUAUCUUCAUGCUUUGCUCUAAAUUCUCUUCCAAUCAUGCUUUUGUGUACGACUCCAAGGAUCAUUCAUGGACACAGUACGAUGGUUUUCAACCAGUCCUGAUCGAUAAUUUCCAUCAGGAAGGCGCGUCCUUCAAUGGGUUUUUGUGUUUCGCUACUCCUGAACCGUAUUCCGUUGUGUCCUUCGACUUGGAAAAGGGGAAUUGGGAAACUCUCAACACUGAAAUGCCUGGGGAGCUUACAUUUGUGAGGCUGGUGAGCGACCCCGAUGGAGGGAAAUUGUAUUUGGUAGGGGGAAUCGGGAGGAAUGGAAUUUCGAGGAGCAUGAGAUUGUGGGAAUUGGGUAAUGGAGGGAUGUGGGUGGAAGUGGAAAGAUUGCCAGAAUUGAUGUGCAGGAAGUUCGUGUCUGUUUGUUACCACAACUAUGAGCACGUUUAUUGCUUUUGGCAUCAGGGUAUUAUCUGUGUGUGCUGCCACACAUGGCCGGAGGUUUUGUAUUGCAAACUUUCAAGGAGAACUUGGCAUUGGAUACCCAAGUGUCCUUCGCUCCCAGACAAAUGGAGCUGUGGUUUCAGGUGGUUCUCUUUUCUACCCGACUUGUAUGCUUUGACUUGAGCUUCUUGUUACCAUCAAUGUGUUUAUGCUCUACAAUUUCAAAUCACCAACCCGCCUUCUAACUUGGAUGCUUGCCCCACCCCCCCUAUUGGUCCCUGUUUUGCAUUU